AUGGGCCGGAUCUUCUUGGACCACAUCGGGGGCACACGCCUCUUCGCCUGCGCCAACUGUGACACCAUCCUGACAAACCGCUCCGAACGCAUUUCGACCCGCUUCACCGGAGCCACCGACCGAGCCUUCCUCUUCAACAAGUCACCCCGCCAUGACACCAGCCUGCUACCACUGCCAGAAACAUGUUUUCAUGUUGGUGUUUUCACCCCUGGAGUGAAAUAGUCCAAUGAAAACGCCUUUUAUCCUCAACACUCAAACACUCAAACUAAUAACUUUUAUGCCAGGCUCACUAUGCUUAGCUAUGUAUAACACACAAGUGUAAUAACCUCUGCAUUAUUAUUCAUGAUCUGUUAGGCGGUGAACCUGCAGUACAGCGAGGUACAAGACUGCGUGAUGCUGACGGGCAGACACAUGGUGCGAGACGUCAGCUGUAAGAACUGCAACAGCUAGCUGGGCUGGAUCUAUGAGUUUGCCACAGAGGACAGCCAGCGCUACAAGGAGGGCCGCGUCAUCCUGGAGAGGCCACUGGUCAGGGAGAGCGAGGGCUUCGAAGAGCACGUCCCCUCUGACAACUCCUGA